UGAAGCCGUUCCUUCCUCUAAACCUACCGUGGCAACAACUUGGUCUCUAGUCCCAAAGUAUUUUCUUGUGCUCAGUCUCGUAUUUUUGGAACCCUGCCUAAACCUGCUUUUUUUUUUUCUUCCCUCUGUGCCACACUAACUAGCCACGUCCAGCCUCACCUGUCGUGUCUGUUGGUUCACCUGCACUUUUUGGUCAAAAAUCUUUUAUGUUUUUUCCAACCUCUUCCUGUUCACAUGUCUGGCAGUCUGCAUUGUGGGUCCAGUUAAAAGCUAAUGCUAAACCUAACAGUAUAGUAUUUAACCCCAACCUUAUGUACUGACAGCCCUUUAAAAGCCUGAUCAGAGGCUAAACUGAAAGUGUUCUCUGUACAGCAGCAGAUAAAGAUGUUGCCUCUCCUGAUACUGGCUGGUUUGCUGUUUAAAGCCUGCACGUCGCAGAUUACUGGUUAUGGAAAUACAACAGCUGACUAUGGCAGCAAUGCGUAUUACAGCUGCACAGACAGUCCUACAGCAGGUGUGCGCCAGGUUACAUGGCAGAGGCUUUUCAAAGAUGACUCCAUUGAAAAUUUGGCAACCUACAGCAAGCGGUUUGGAGAGCAAGUAAAUGACCCUUACAGAGGGAAAGUGAUCUUCACAGAGGCGUCUCUCAACUCGACGUCAAUCACUGUGGCGAAUGUUACAUGGGGGGAUGAAAGCUGUUAUAUUUGCUCUUUCAACGCGUUUCCCGAUGGGUCCAAAAGAAAGCAGACUUGCCUCACGGUGCGAGGGAUAUCCAGGUUUAAAACAGAAGUGCAAGUUCCCAGCAGUGAACAGGACGAAGAAUACGUGAAGGUUGUGUUCAGCUGCACUGCUACAGGCAAACCAGCUCCAACCAUUCAGUGGGACUUCUCACCCGGUGCCACCCCGGCACACCAACCACAGACUACUACAGUAACAAACAGUGACCACACUUUUAACAGCAGCAGCAACAUCACUCUGCAAGUGCCCCCAAACUGGGAAGGAAAUGUGGAUUGUCUUCUGAACACUGGAGUGACGGGACAGAGGCGGGAGAGGAUUCCCUUUUCUUUACAGAAGCAGAAGAAGAAGGAGGAGGAGGAAGAGGGGAAAGGACCAUCUUCAUCAGGGAUCGCACUUGUAAUCAUUGCUGUAAUGUGUAUUUUGGCAAUUGCUGUUGCUGUUAUAAUGAGGCGAAAAAGGUUAAAGGGUAGCAGAAGAGAUGAAAAUGUUUGAUCAGCAUUUGGACUUUCACCCAGCUGUCAUUUAAGCACGCAAGCAUGAAAAACAUUUGCAUUUUACAGUGAGUCAAGCUGCAAUGCAAGAUCCACUUUCUGCAGAUAGUUUUCAAAACUACCAUUUCUCUUGAAUUUCAAAACUUAGCACUUUAACAUGGUUUAUGGAGCAGUUCUGACUUUGUUCUGACUUUGUAGAAUGUAAAAAUGUUCUGAACAGUGACCAGUGUUUUUCUAGAGCAUUACAGAGUAUGAAAACUGUGAGGUAAAGAGUUAGUGAGCAGACAAGGUGUCUACAUUUGAGGUUAAUGAUUUAUAUGCAGAACUUUCAACCUCUUAUGAGGGUUACAGUGACUGCAACUUAGUGAAAUGGUACAGUCAAGGUGGAUCUUCAACAGGGGCUCCAGGACCCUUAGGGGGGGGUCCUCAUAGUUACUGCAGGGGGGCCACCAAAUUAUUGUUAAUUUUUGAAAGCUUUUUCAAAAAUGAAAACGUCUUAACAUGAAUCCAAAAUAUUAUUAGCAAAUAUAAAUCAGGUUAUUAGUAAAAAACAAAAAAACAAUUAUUGAUAUGCUUACUGGCCUGUAGUAAGGUAGUCACUAAGGUAGCCAUCUACAGAUAACAGUUCAUCCUAAAGGUUUCACUGUUCUACAUGUAUGUUCAACAUUAAAACAUGAUUCUUGAAAUCAUGCCAAGUACUAUUUUAAUAGUUUAGUAUUCUAUUCACUAAAAAGGUGUGUAUAAAGGCUUUAGGCCGCCCUAUACAUUGUUGUAGGCCCAGUUUAAUACGCAACUUAAUUGUCUUCUAAUAUAUGUAGUAGGGGGUCCCUGCUCCGUCUCUCUUUUAGUUAAGUGGUCCUUGCCUUAAAAUGUUUUAGAGAGCUUUAAAGUAAUCCAACGGGCACAUCACAGCAUAACCAACUGAUGGUUGAAGGAAAUGUCAUCUGGCUCCAUCUAGUGUGCAUUGUGGGGGAAAAAAAAGAGCCUAUAUUAAUUUUUUACACAGCAAAUUUAUUUAUUUGAUGAAAUUAUCUAUAAAGUUUACAGGUGAAGCAAUCAAAAUGAUUGUAUACUGAAAUUAACAUUUGUAUAUCUAUAUGUAUAUAGAAUUUAAAUCAGAGAUAAUAUAUUAAAUAAUAGACAUAAUAUAUGUGUCUUGGUCAUUUUGCACUUUAACGUUCAUUUUUUGUUAUUUAUUUCUCUGUGCACAU